CUCUCUCUCUCGUUUCCCCAGUUGUGUACAUUUAAUCUGUUUGGUUACUGGGAAAACGAGAAUGCCUAACGGAGAACGAAGAUCAAAACGGAAAGAAUGAAGACGAAAGAUCAGAAUGUUCCAGUCUUUUCAGACAUUUUCUGAUCAGCAAGGGAGAAAUCUCGAGAGAGAACGAGAAUUUUUCUCCAAAGUUUUGAUCUUUCCUUGGAGAUGGGGCAUUUUUCUUCCAUGUUCAACGGCUUGGCUCGAUCCUUCUCGAUCAAGAAAGUUAAGAGCAGCAAUGGCGGCAGCGACGGGAAGGUGGCGGCAGAUGAAAUGGUGAGAGAGGCGAAGAAGAACGAACUGAUCCUGCGAUCUUCUGGUUACCUUUACGCUGACGGCUUGAACAACUUGGCCUCGGUUUUCUCCAAACGCGGCGAGAAAGGCGUUAACCAAGACUGUGCCAUCGUAUGGAAGGAAUUCGGGUGCCAAGAAGAUAUGAUCUUCUGCGGGAUAUUUGAUGGGCACGGUCCGUGGGGUCAUUUCGUGGCCAAACAAGUACGGAACUCUUUGCCGCCAUUGUUGCUCCGCAACUGGCAGGAGACUCUAGCUCAAACAGCAGUUGACCCUGAGCUCGAACUCGACACAUCUGACGAAAAGCUUCAGCGGUUCAACAUAUGGAAACGUUCAUACCUCAAGACUUGCGCCUCAGUUGAUCAGGAGCUUGAACAUCACCGCAAGAUCGAUUCUUUCUACAGCGGAACCACCGCUCUCACCAUUGUCAGACAGGGUGAACUUCUUUAUGUAGCAAACGUAGGCGACUCUCGCGCUGUACUUGCUACUGUGUCGGAUGAAGGAAGCUUGGUCCCGGUCCAGCUCACCGUCGAUUUCAAACCCAAUUUGCCUCAGGAGGAAGAGCGGAUUCUGCAAUGCAACGGCCGGGUUUUCUGCCUCCAGGACGAGCCCGGAGUUCACCGAGUGUGGCUACCCGACGAGGAAUCGCCUGGACUCGCAAUGUCCCGAGCCUUCGGAGAUUAUUGUAUCAAAGAAUACGGACUUGUCUCUGUCCCUGAAGUCAUGCAAAGGCAUAUCACCGGUAGAGACAAGUUCGUCAUCUUGGCCACUGAUGGUGUAUGGGAUGUGACCUCGAACCAGGAGGCAGUAGAGAUAGUGUCAUCGACUGGAGAGCCAGCUAAGGCGGCCAAGCGGCUCGUGGAGCAAGCGGUUCGUGCGUGGAAGAAGAAGAGACGGGGAAUCGCCAUGGACGAUAUUUCGGCGGUAUGCCUCUUCUUCCACUCUUCUUCUUCCUCUUCCUCAUAGCUUUUUACUCGCGUUUGGAAAAAAUCAAUGCCACUCAAAUGUAAAUAGAGUAGCGAUCACAACAACGCCACGAUUGCGAUUGCGAAUCGCAACAUUGUUUUGUUCUCGAUCGCAAACAUUGCGUUCCAAAAGUUCUUUUUUAUC